CUCAGCUCUGGAGGAACGUCAAGAUUCAGCCCCAGAUCCUGCCCUUUUUCCUUCGCCUUCCCCUUUGCGUCUGCCUGAGCUGCCACGAAGCUUGGCCGAAAGGCUGCCAUGUUCGUGAGACCUCGCACUUCGACCUUCAAGGGCGCUGGUUCCCUUUCCGCACAUCGAUUGCGUGAGACGUUCCCACGAGAGAACGUAGAGAACUGCGACCUCGACGGCGCUCCUCGCCCAAGCCGCCUCGCCCGCAAAGCCAGCGUCAACGGUCUCAUAUUCUCGUCUUUUCUUCGUCCUCGGAGCACGAUUAGGCCAUCUUCGAGGCCCGAUUCUUCUCAACUCAACGAAGUCCGGAAAAAAAGGUAGGGCAGGAUUUGUCUGUCGGCCGACGGACUUUCCAAAUUUUUACCUUUGGAUUCUCUCGACGUUUUUGGCUUGCAAUCCUCCCAGGACCACACACAGUCUUAGACGUAGCUUGGGUGCAUAGUCCGCAACGAUGGCGCUCCGCAAUGCCGUACAUCGGCGCAACCACAAGGAGAGGUCCCAGCCGCAACAUCGCGCAAAGAUGGGUCUUCUCGAGAAGCACAAGGAUUAUGUCCAGCGUGCCCGAGACCACCACUCGAAGCAGGAUCGCCUGCAGCGGUUGCGACAAAAGGCCGCCAUGCGCAACGCCGACGAGUUCAACUUUGGCAUGCUCUCGGCGGCCCCGACGCGGAUCGGUCUGAGGAACGGGGGCAUGCACCACCAGAAGAGAACGGGCCUGGACAGCACAGCGAUGGAGAAUGGGCUCGUGGCGCUGCUCAAGACGCAGGACGAGGCCUAUGUGCGCAUGAUGGUCAACAAGGAACGCAAGCGGAUCGAGGACCUUGUCGGGCAGAUUGCGCCUACAUUGCCUUUGGUCAGGAACGCAUGGCUGGAGGAAGGCGGCAAGGGAGUGGACAGGGAGGAGACACUCGUUAAACAGGGUCUGCUGCAGCCCGGUGUGGAUCGGAGCAUGAGGAGCCCAGACGACAUGCUGGCGGCCGGUGGCAAGAAGACGGUCUGGCUAGAUGACGUCGACGAAGUGCGAGCAUACGGAAAGAAGGAAAAGAAGGCAAAGAAGGGCGAGACGAGAAAAGUCAAUGAGGGAAAAGAGGAGAAUCUUGACGACGUCUUCGGUCAAGGGUGGCAAGAGAAUUGGAGCAUGUUCGACGACGAAGGAGAAUUCGUCGUCGAUGAAGCACUCGACGAUCAGGUCGAAGAUGGAUCGAGCGAACAAUCACGAGCCGAGAAACAUCUCGGGAGCCUCGUUGCGCAGCUCUCUGCGCGCCAGAAGCGCCUCGAGACGCUGCAAGAGGCGCAGCGCAAGCUGUCAAUCGUGCGCGCCAUCAUGACAACAAAGGGCACCACUGCGCGCAAGAUUGACUCACAAAAGCAGAGCCAGGUCAAGGAGGAUGUCUUGAAGGGAAAGCUCACGCCGAAAGGCCUGGCUCUUCCCGGUCAAGGCAGCGACGAUGAAGAGGAAGAAGACGAAGGCCCGUUGGGUAUGGGCCCGGCAAAGAAGCCAAAGCGGAGCAUCUGGAAGUGGGGAAAGGAGCGGAAGAAGUAGAGAGCACUGUCGUUGUCCGUGUUGUAUUUGUAGAUCAUCAAACCUUUAAUUAGAUCG